AUGGUGGGAACCUUGAACCGUGCUAUGGAGGAGUCCAGUGAGCCCCAGUUGGAUGCUAAGUCCAAGGUCACCAACCAGCUCAUAGAUUUUCAGUGGAAGCUGGGUAUGGCUGUGAGCUCCGACAGUUGCAGAUCUCUUAAGUAUCCUUAUGUUGCAGUGAUGCUCAAAGUGGCAGAUCAUUCAGGCCAAGUGAAGAACAAGUCCUUUGAAAUGACAAUCCCACAGUUUCAGAAUUUCUACAGACAAUUCAAGGAAAUUGCUGCAAUUAUUGAAACUGUGUGAAAACUGAUUCUAAACUGAAAAUAAUCUAAAAUCACGGACUUCACUUUCUGCAACAAAGCUGCUUAAGGAUCGAAUGAUAUUUAUUGAAUGAAAAUUAUACUUUUGGUUUUCCACUUUUUUAAAUAAUAAUAAAAAAAAUCAGACAAACAGGAAUUACAAAGUGGUGAUCGAUGCACAACUUUGUGAAUGUACCAAGAACCACUGAUUUGGAUAGUUUAAAGGGUAAAUUCUGUGGUAUGUGAAUUAUAUCUUAAU